AUGGACGCUCUUCGCGGACAGGAGCUGAGCUGGGUGAAUGGCACCAACGCCAUCAUCACGCUGGGCUGUGUCUGGCUUGGUUAUCAUGUACUCGUUGCGCUGUACAAUAUUUCGCCGUUUCAUCCUCUUGCGCGGUUCCCCGGUCCCAAGAUCGCGGCGGCCACAUAUCUUUAUGAAGCCUACUUUGACUGGAUCCUAGUCGGUCGCUAUACACAUGAGAUCCGCGACAUGCAUGCGAAAUAUGGUCCAAUUGUCAGGAUCAACCCAGAUGAGCUUCAUUGCGAUGAUCCCUACUUUACAGAUGAGAUCUAUGCUAUUGGUGGCAGAAUUCGAGACAAGUGGCAGCACCAGAUCAACACGGGCGCAGCAGGCCCCGUCGCCGUCACCGGGUUUUCUACUGUUCCUCAUGAAUUACACCGAGUCAAAAAGGCAGCUUUGGCUCGUUUCUUCUCGAGGACACAAACGCUGAAGCUGGAGGGCGAAGUCAAUGACUUUACGCAGCGCGUGGUCAAUAAGAUGCUGCGCUCCUCCAAGAAGGGAGCGUUUGACGUCAAGGAGGCGUUCAAUUGCUUCACGGCCGAUGUGAUUGCUCAGUACGCCUUUGGUGAGUCCAUGGGCUUUGUCGACCAGGAGGGAUGGGAACCCAACUUUGCGACAUGGGUCAAGAGUUUCUUCCAGCAAGCUUAUAUGAUGAGAAAUAACACUGUGGCGCGUAAAUUGGCACAGGUUGCCCUGCCAAUCUUGCAAUACGUCGACAAGGAUGUGGGAGUUAUUAUGCAACAGAUGGAUGUGACGAUUCCCGGCUAUGUUGAAGCUGCGAUCAAAGACCCCGACAACGGCAGAGUCUUUGCAGAUGUCAUGCAAUCCAACUCAUUACCUCCCGAGGAGAAGAACUUGUAUUGGCUUUCUGGAGAAGGAUUCAAUUUUCUGCUCGCUGGUACCGAGACCACGGCCGCGACCCUCACCACCACUGUUUAUUACUUGCUCGCACAGCCCGAGACCUAUGCUACUCUAAUGAACGCACUGCAGGGUAUCGACCCUCUCAACCCCAAAUGGACCGACCUGGAACAACGCCCCUACAUGUGGGCCGUGAUCCACGAGUCUUUGCGCGUGAUGCCCGGUGUCUCGCACAGAUCAGCCAGAAUUGCGCGGACAGAGAACUUGAACUACAAAAGUCAAGACGGAAAAGUCGAGUAUGUCGUUCCAAUGGGAACGCCGAUUGGAAUGUCGUCCAUGAUCAACCAUUUCAACGAGGAACUCUUCCCCAACCCCAACGAGUUCAAGCCAGAACGAUGGCUUCUACCCGACGGCCAGCCCAACACCAAGCUGCAAAAGUUUUUGCUGUCCUUUGGCAAGGGCAGUCGUGCAUGUCUUGGAGAGCAGCUUGCAUAUUGCGAACUGUACCUCAUGACGGCCGCAAUGGCGCUUCAGGUGCUGCCACGUGCAAAACUGUACGAGACUACCGCUGAGGAUAUCUCCUAUGACCAUGAUCUGAUUGUGCUCCAAACCAAGAAGGGCUCCAUCUCGGUCAAAAUUACCAUAGAUUAA